AUGGCGGUCUUCGCCAUGGGCUGGCAAAAGCCCGACAAUGUCGCCGGGUCGUCUGCCCCAGCGAUUAUGGUCGGGCUGUUUGUCGCCAGUGGUGGGCUAUUAUUUGGCUACGAUACUGGCGCAAUCAACGGCAUUCUGGCCAUGGACGCAUUCAAACGAGACUUCACGACAGGAUACGUGAGCGAAGAUGGCAAGCUGGGUAUGUCCCCGGCACAAGUAGCAUUGAUCGUCGCGAUGCUCAGCGCGGGAACGGCUGUCGGGGCGCUGCUGUCUGCUCCGAUGGGAGACUUUUGGGGUCGUCGAACAUCGCUCAUUGUCGCUAUCGGCAUCUUUUGUAUCGGCGCCAUUUUGCAAGUUUGUGCGAGCAGGAUACCACUUUUGGUUGUUGGGAGGACGGUGGCAGGUCUCGGUGUUGGUAUCGUUUCCGUUCUGGUCCCGUUAUACCAGUCCGAGAUGGCGCCCAGGUGGAUUCGUGGUACAUUAGUCUGCGCCUAUCAGCUUUCCAUUACGAUGGGUCUUCUUGCCGCCGCAGUCGUCAAUAUCUUAACGUAUAAGCUCGAGUCAGCAGCAGCCUAUCGCAUUCCAAUCGGUCUCCAGCUCACCUGGGCUGUCGUGUUAGCUCUCGGUCUUCUCAUCCUUCCUGAAACACCUCGAUAUCUCAUCAAGCGUGGGCGCAAGGACGAUGCAGCCCUGUCCCUUAGCCGUCUUCGACGACUCGACAUCACGCACCCGGCACUAAUUGAGGAACUGGCUGAAAUCGAAGCUAACCAUCAAUACGAAAUGUCUUUGGGUCCCGACACCUACAAGGACAUCAUUUUCGGAGAACCUCAUCUCGGCCGUCGUACGCUGACUGGCUGCGGCUUACAAAUGCUCCAGCAGCUGACUGGCGUUAACUUCAUCAUGUACUACGGGACCACCUUCUUUAACGGAGCAGGUGUUCAGAAUCCACACACGAUCUCUCUGAUCAUGCAGAUCAUCAACGUGGUGUCGACAUUCCCUGGUUUGUUUGUGGUUGAAUCCUGGGGGCGACGCAGACUGCUUAUAGUGGGUGCAAUUGGCAUGGCGAUCAGCCAAAUCCUUAUCGCUGCCUUCGCUACCGCCAUGGGUCAGGAUAACCAGACUGCCCAGAACCGGAUUUUAAUCGCCUUUGUGGCAGUAUAUAUCUUCUUCUUCGCAGCCUCUUGGGGGCCCGUGGUAUGGGUCGUCACGUCCGAGAUCUACCCGCUCAAAGUUCGCGCGAAAUCCAUGUCGGUGUCGACCUUCUCGAACUGGCUACUCAAUUUCGGUAUUGCUUAUGGCACGCCCUUCAUGGUCGAUACUACUGGCGUCAAGGAAGAUGGGAGGGUACGAACAGCAGAUCUGGGCUCUCGCGUCUUCUUUGUAUGGGGUACAUUCUGUCUGCUUUCGAUUGCGUUUGUGUGGUACAUGGUGUACGAGACGAGCAAGAUGAGUCUCGAGCAGAUCGACGAAAUGUACGAGCGCGUCAACCACGCGUGGAACAGCCGCAAUUUCCAGCCCAGCUGGAGCUUCCAGCAAAUGCGCGAUCUUGGCUACUCUGACAGUGGUAUCCCUCCAGAUCCCCAAGUAGAGCUGCAGCAACAACAAUCGAACCAGAACCACUCGUCAUCCUCGUUGUCAUCGUCGUCAUCGAGAAGCAGUACCUCACAAUCGGAAUCUGGCGGGAGUAGCGCACCAACGGGUAUCACAGCUCCGAGUUUGCCUAACUCCCAAGAUAACAAAUUCAUGUCGAACUUGGGCCAUGUCGAUUUUAGUUACUGA